AUGGCCUCAUAUAGGAGCUGGCGGAGGCUAUGCAUAAUAAUCUGGUUCAUCUACACCCAGAGCUUGGUUUCCGGACUGCAAACCACACCCCUCUCGCCGCCAUCAUCUAAACCUCAUAAUUCCAACCAACUUACACCAAGAGCAACAUCACGAGCCGACGCCAGCUGCCCCGUAAAAGGCUACACGGCCUGCGGCAACGGCCUGGCAGACUACUUUUGCUGCUCCAGCGAAACAACAUGCAUGGUACUCGCAGAGAAGACCACCGCCUUGUGCUGUCCAAAGGGAUCUUCAUGCGACACCAUCUCCCCCAUCACCUGCGACGUCACCUUGCAAGAUGUAAUCGAGAACCCGACGAGCCCGAUCCACACCACCAGACUGAAAGAGUCUCUACCACUAUGCGGAUUCAAGUGUUGUCCGUUUGGGUAUACCUGCCGAGACGGUUCUGCCUGCGUCUUGGACGACGGCCAGGAGCAAGAGGGGUCUCGGACUUCCAGCACGUCAGUCUCAUCUACAAAGACAAGAACAAGGACCGCUACAAGUACGAUUCCAACAACGGCUACCCAGGCAGCGACAUCGACGACAACCGUCGAGACAGUUCCAGCUGCCUCGCCAACACCAUCCGCAAACCCAGGCGAUAACCCCCCGACCCCAUCAGCAGUACCUCCCACCUCAGAAACCGAGACCCCCGCCGCCGCAGCCGCCUCCCCGAGAACCUCGACAUCAGGCGUCAUCAUCGCAGGCACCACCGUCGCAGCCAUCGCCUCGGUAGCAGGCCUAACAUGUCUCCUCUGGUUCAAGAGACGCUCCAUAUCCGAAACCGUCGGGUCCGCAAAGUUCCCCCGCCCCUGGCAACAGCUCCGCGAGCACGGCUCGGACCAGGACGUCUCGCUGCCGCGGUAUAGCUCCCCACCGCCGGCGUACGCCGUGGAGAUGAAGCCGCCGUUGGCGAAGCCGUAUACGUGGAAACACUACAGCCCGGACUCCUUUGGCCGCGAUCGCUACGACGUCGACGACGGCAGCGUCCCUGUCCCCGUUUCUGUUGGACUUGCUCUCGCCGUCGAGUUACCCGCCACGCCGGUGUCCUUUAGCCAGUGGCGUGUUCGUGAGGAGGGGGAGGCGACGAGGCCGCGGUCUCACUAUGAACCUUACCGGCGUCCUUCAUAA